AUGGAGAAAGCGAUAUUUGGCGAUAUUUCUCGUGCGCCCGCAACUCCAUCACUGGCUCUGUCAGCACUCGCCGCACUCGCCGCAAGUGGACGCACCGCCAAGCAGCAGGCGGAACGCGCGUCAUUUGCCAAUCCACGCCCGUAUGCAUGGGAUGGAAGAAUGAAUACGAGCGGCGCUACUUUCCCGAGUGCAAUGCCGUUUCACUCCCCCCUCCUCGCUCAGCAGUACGACGUCCCUAAGGGGUGGGGAUCCGUGAGGAGCCCAGCUUGUCGCGACACACAUCCGCGCGGCAUGGCAGAGCCACAGGCAGGUGCAGCAACAGGGGUGGCGGUGAAGCUGGCCAGCACUGAGUGGGUGGGGUGGAGGCGGGCAGGAGGGAGGUGUGUGAGCAGAGGCCGUGGGUACACCAUUGUGGCACUGCUCACAUUCCACUGUGCGAUGGAUGGCAGCAGGGCGACGAUGGCGGCAACACGGAGUGUGGCGUGGGUGGCGUCGUACCUUGGGAGGGCGUCAGAGCAGCGCGCCACCGGCAGCGGGGUGAACCGUGAAGGGUUCCGCAAGAGAGGGAGCGGUGCGAGCAAGAGAGGAGGGGGGUGGGGCAGGGGCCGCAGGGAACGCAGGGGGGAAGAGGUAAAAGGGGUGGGGGAGAAUGGGCUGAGUUGCAAGUUCAAAGGGGGCGACGGUGACGCGAUGCACUUUUGCAAGGCGGCGCUGGUGGAUCAGGUCUUCUCACGCCUCACGCUGCAUGUGCUGUGCUUGGCACCUGCAACAUCCGAUGUGACCCCCGCCCUCCCUCCCCUUGCUGCGCCUCCUGCGCCCCUCGUGGCAUCCCUUAGCCCCCCCAUCCUGCAUCAUGCUCUCCUGUGCCCCGUCGCAUCCUGCUCCCUGCCCACCGUUCCCUUCUUCCUGCCGUGGCGACACUGGUAUCUGAGUUCACACGCCGUGGCGGCGCUGUGGUUGGAGUUGACAAUGCAACGGGUUCGGCGAGGAGAGGUGGCACGUGCCACUGCAAUUCCAGUGGUGGCUCGCUCUCGCCUCGCCGCCGCAAUACCAUCUCCUGCCGCCCGUCCACCUCUCGCAUCCUUGCUCUCUGAUUUGCGCCGCUGUGUGCUCUCCCCCCAACUCCCCUCCCCUUCCCAUACCAGCAGCACCUGUCCGAUACAGUGUAUUGGUGAGGUGAGGUGCCUACCUCAUCACAGCACCACAUAG